AUGACCCAGCUAGUGGAAUGUGUCCCCAACUUCUCAGAGGGGAACAACCAGGAGGUGAUUGAGGCCAUUUCCAGAGCCAUUGCACAGACCACUGGCUGUGUACUACUGGAUGUGGAUGCGGGACCCUCCACCAACCGUACAGUCUACACCUUCGUGGGGCGGCCUGAGGAUGUGGUUGAGGGGGCCCUCAAUGCCGCCCAGGCCGCUGCCCGGCUCAUUGACAUGAGCAGGCACAAAGGGGAGCACCCUCGGAUGGGUGCCCUGGAUGUCUGCCCCUUCGUCCCUGUCAGGGAUGUCAGCAUGGAAGAAUGUGUGUUAUGUGCACAGGCCUUUGGCCAGCGGCUGGCAGAGGAACUGGGUGUGCCAGUGUACCUAUAUGGGGAGGCAGCACGGAUGGCCAGCCGCCGGACCUUGCCAGCCAUUCGGGCUGGGGAAUAUGAAGCCCUCCCUGAGAAGCUCAAACAGGCUGAAUGGGCACCUGACUUUGGCCCUAGCACCUUUGUUCCCAGCUGGGGGGCCACUGUCACUGGUGCCCGGAAGUUCCUCAUUGCCUUCAAUGUCAACCUGCUCAGCACCAAGGAGCAAGCGCAUCGCAUUGCCCUCAACCUGCGGGAGCAAGGCCGUGGGAAGGACCAGCCAGGACUUCUGAAAAAGGUUCAGGGCAUCGGCUGGUACUUAGAUGAGAAAAACCUGGCUCAAGUGUCGACAAACCUCCUGGAUUUUGAGGUCACAGCAUUGCACACAGUCUAUGAGGAGACCUGCAGAGAAGCACAAGAGCUGAACCUUCCAGUCGUGGGCUCUCAGCUAGUGGGUCUGGUGCCUCUGAAAGCCAUUCUGGAUGCUGCGGCCUUUUACUGUGAGAAGGAGAACCUCUUCAUCCUGGAGGAAGAGCACAGAAUCAGGCUGGUAGUGAACCGGCUGGGCCUGGACUCUCUGUCUCCCUUCAAUCCUAAGGAGCGGAUUAUCGAAUACCUGGUCCCAGAUGGUGAGCCAGAACAGUGCCUGGUGAACAAACCUCUAGGCGCCUUCAUCCGGAAGGUGGGCGCCCGCUCGGCAGCCCCUGGAGGAGGCUCGGUGUCAGCAGCUACUGCGGCCAUGGGCGCAGCACUGGCUUCCAUGGUGGGCCUGAUGACCUAUGGGCGGCGCCAGUUUGAGCACCUGGACGCAGAGAUGCGGCGCCUGAUCCCGCCCUUCCACGCAGCCUCGGCUCAGCUGACUGCGCUGGUGGACACCGAUGCCCAAGCCUUCAAUGGUUACCUGGAGGCACUGAAGCUGCCCAAGAGCACACCUGAGGAAAGAGACAGGCGUGUGGCUGCCAUGCAGGAUGGGCUGAAGCAGGCAGUGGCUGUGCCCUUGUCCCUGGCAGAGAUAGUGGCCUCAUUGUGGCCAGUGCUGCAGGAGUUAGCCCUGUGUGGGAACCUGGCCUGCCAGUCGGACCUGCAGGUGGCAACCAAAGCGUUGGAAACAGGUGUGUUUGGUGCCUACUUCAAUGUGCUCACUAACCUGAAGGACAUCACAGAUGAUGACUUCAAGGACCAGAUUCGCCAGCGAGUCUCCAGCCUCCUGCAGGAUGCACAGACCCAGGCUGCACUGGUGCUGGACCGUCUGGAGGCCCGGCGGGAGUGA